AUGUAUAUCAAACAGAUCAUCAUCCAAGGCUUCAAAAGCUACAAGGACCAGACCGUCAUCGAACCAUUCUCGCCCAAAACAAACGUAAUUGUUGGUCGCAAUGGAUCUGGAAAGAGUAACUUCUUCGCAGCUAUUCGGUUUGUCCUGAGCGAUGCCUACACCCAGAUGAGCCGAGAGGAGCGCCAGGGUCUUCUCCACGAAGGCUCUGGCUCCGCGGUCAUGUCAGCCUACGUCGAGGUGAUUUUUGACAAUAGCGACGACCGUUUUCCUACCGGCAACAAGGAAGUUACAUUGCGCCGAACCAUCGGGUUGAAGAAGGACGAAUACUCGGUCGAUCGCAAAGUGGUUACCAAGACAGACGUGAUGAAUCUCCUUGAAGCUGCAGGGUUUUCGAGGUCAAACCCAUAUUACAUCGUACCCCAGGGCCGUGUCACCGCCCUGACCAACAUGAAGGAAUCAGAAAGACUCAACCUCCUUAAGGAAGUUGCCGGAACACAGGUGUACGAAACUCGUCGCGCAGAGUCGCUAAAGAUCAUGAACGAGACCAACAAUAAGCGGGAAAAGAUUGACGAACUUCUUGAAUACAUCAAAGAGCGCCUCAGUGAGCUCGAGGAAGAGAAGGAAGAAUUGCGGGGCUACCAGGACAAAGACCGCGAGAGGCGUUGUCUUGAGUAUGCCUACCAUUACCGCGAGCAGGUUACGAUUCAAGAAGCACUCGAGGAAAUUGACUCGGCUCGUCAAGACGGAAUUGACACAACGGACUCAAGCCGCUCAGACUUGCUCGAGACCAAGAAAGCUAUUUCCAAGCUGGAUGCUGAGAUGCAUAAACUGCAAAGAGAGAUGGAGCUGCUUCAAAUUGAUCGACGGCAGCUGGAAGAAGACCGUCGCGAUUGCGCAAAGAACCUUGCCAAGGUGGAAUUGAAGGCCAAGACUCUCAAAGAUGGACAGUCUGCACAAGAGUCGGCCCAACAACAGUACUCUACAGAGCUCGCAGCUGUUCAGGCCGAGAUUGCUGCCAAGGAGAAGGAAUUGUCGCAAAUCAACCCCAACUAUACCAAAACCAAGGCCGAAGAAGACGAGGUUCGCAGAAAUCUGGACAGUGUCGAAGGUCGGCGCACCAGGCUUUUCGCCAAGCAAAAUCGCGGUUCUCGCUUCAAGAACAAGUCAGAGCGCGAUGCGUUCCUCAGAGCUGAGAUCGAGGAGCUUUCCAAUACUAUCAUGGAGCAAAAGGCCAACAAGAUUGACGCUGACGAGGAAGUUGCAAGAGUCAACGAUGCUAUCGCUCGGGCAGAGGAGAAUGUUGCUGCGCUGAGAGCCAACCUGGCGAAUUACAGCGGUGACAGGGCAAAGCUGGUAGAAGAGGUCAAUAAGGCGCAAGACAAACUUGAACGUCUCAACGAUGAGCGAAAGCUACUUCGACGUGAAGACGAAAAGCUCAGCUCGCACAUUUCAAACGCUAGGCAAGAGAAGGAUCAGGCCGAGAAGGAGCUGAGACACACAAUGGACCGGGAGGUUGCUCGGGGUCUGGCCACGAUCCGGCGACUAAAACAAGAACAAGACAUUCCUGGGACAUAUGGGCCUUUGGCCGAUCUCCUUGAAGUUAAUGAUGCUUAUAGAGUGGCCGUGGAGCAAACUGCUGGCGGUCGCCUGUUCCACUACGUCGUUGACAACGAGGAAACAGCAAGCUACUUGCUCAACAUCCUCCAUAAACAGCAUGGUGGACGUGUAACCUGCUUGCCGCUCUCCCGCCUUCGACCUCGACCCGUGAAUAUGCCUAGGGCUCAUGACGCGGUGCCGUUGCUCAGCAAGAUCACUUAUGAUUCAAAGUUUGAGAGGGCAUUCCAGCACAUUUUCGGAAAUACUGUCGUUUGUCCAAAUCUCCAAGUUGCAGCACAGUAUUCAAGAAGUCACGGUGUUGAUAGCAUUACACCCGAAGGUGAUACUACCAACAGGCGUGGUGCGUUGAGUGGUGGCUGGAUUGAUCCUCAAAAGUCGCGUCUCAAGGCCGUUCGGGCUGCUAAUAAAUGGAGAGAUGAGUAUGAGAAGCUCGCACAGCAGUCUCGCGACAUACGCCGAUCGAUCGAAGCCAAGGAUCAGGAGAUCACGAAUGCCAUGUCGGAGCUGUCCAAGGCUGAUCAGAGACUGCGACAGGCUGAUGAUGGUCUCGGACCUUCCAGACGUGAGCUGGAAAACAUGACCUCUUACCUCGAGAAUUCUCGUGCCCGCCUUGACGCUGCCAUCAGGCGGCGCGAUACGGUCGACAUGAACAUGAGCGGUUUCAUUGACGAUCGCUCGGCUCAUGAGCAAGAACUGACAACAGACUUUAAGAAGAGCCUGACGGCAGCUGAGGAGAGAGAAUUGGAAGAAUGCAGUGCCCAAACGCAACAGCUGCAGAAGCAGUGGAGCGAGAUAAGCAACACUCGAAGGCAACUCGAGAGCAGAAAGCAGGUUCUUGAAGCUGAUCUCCGCCAGAAUCUUCAGCUCAAGCUUGAUCAGCUGAACGGGCAGGCUUUUGAUGCAUUGGCUUCAGGAUCUACUUCGGAAGGUUUGAAGGAGGUCAAGCGAGAGCUCAAGAAGGCGCAAAAGGCCUCAGAGAGCGUUGAGACCGAGCUCCAAGAGAUCGAGGCCAAAAUGGAGCAGCUAAGCCAUCGUAUGGACCAGAACGUCAAUGAAAAAUCCGAACAUGAGCAAGCCCAAGCCGAGAUCUCACACCGGAUCGAGAAGCAACAAAAGCGUGUUGAGAAGAACCUCGCCAAAAAGAGCAUUCUCACGAACCAGCUGGCUGAGUGUGCCAAGAACAUUCGUGACCUUGGUGUUCUUCCAGAGGAAGCGUUUGACAAGUAUGAGAAUAUGGAGACUAAAACGAUCAAUUCGAGACUGAAGAGGGUGAAUGAGGCCCUAAAGAAGUACAAACAUGUCAACAAGAAGGCGUUUGAGCAAUACAACAGCUUCACAUCUCAGCAGGAUCAGCUGAUGAAGCGGCGCACCGAGCUGGACCAGUCUCAGACCUCCAUCGAGGACCUCGUCAAACAUCUUGACCAGAGGAAAGACGAAGCCAUCGAGCGUACUUUCAAGCAAGUCUCGAAGGAAUUCUCAACCAUAUUUGGCAAGCUCGUGCCAGCUGGGCAUGGUCGUCUGAUUAUCCAACGCCGGACCGACCGACGACAGGAGCCGGAGGAGUCGGACGAAGAAGCAGGCCGCACUGUAGAGAACUACAUUGGUGUAGGAAUCAGCGUCUCCUUCAACUCCAAGCACCUUGAUGAGCAGCAGAGAAUCCAGCAACUCAGUGGUGGCCAGAAGAGUUUGUGUGCUCUGUGUCUCAUUUUUGCGCUGCAAGCCACAGAAAGCAGUCCUAUGGUCAUUUUCGACGAGGUUGAUGCCAAUCUCGAUGCCCAGUACCGUACAGCAGUUGCAGACCUUCUGCAGUCCAUCUCUGAUGAGAUUGGUACUCAGUUCAUUUGCACAACUUUCCGCCCCGAGAUUGUCUACGUAGCGGACAAGAGCUACGGUGUGACGUUCCGCAACAAGACCAGUUCCAUCAACUGUGUCAGCACUGAAGAUGCCCUGGAGUUCGUGGAAGGCCAGGCUAGACCCAAUUAA